AUGUCCAUCCAGAAUCUCAACACAUUCGACCCAUUCGCCGAUGCUAUCAAAAGCUCGGAAGACGAUGUUCAAGAUGGAUUAGUCCACGUGCGGAUCCAGCAGCGGAACGGGCGUAAGACAUUAACAACGAUACAGGGCCUCUCUUCGGAAUAUGACUUGAAGAAGAUCGUGCGGGCAUGCAAAAAGGAGUUUGCGUGCAACGGUACAGUAGUGGAACAUCCCGAAUACGGAGAAGUUCUGCAACUGCAAGGCGACCAACGUGAAAACAUUUGUCAGUGGCUCACCAAGUCAGGCCUGGUGAAGCCCGAGCAACUUAAAGUACACGGUUUUUAG